CACGACUCAAACGCGCGCGUCGCAUCGUGUUCGAGCGCCGUCGACGACCGCGCUCGGCGACGUCGCGCGAACUCGCCGCGCGAACGCGGCGAAUCGCGCGCCUCGGCCAGCCAGCCACGUGUGCUCGGUCGGAUUGUUGUUAGUCUACUAGUAGGUCAUCGGUAAUCCGACGGAGGCGUGGAGUCGCGGGCAUGUGCGACCCCGCGGUGCGACGCCGGUCCGCGCGGACGGCGGACGAGUCCAAGAAGCCGCCUUCGACGGCGGACGAGCUCCGCGCGAAGUACGAUACGGACGCCACGGGACCGGUCGGAGGCGCGAACGGCCCGCGGUUCGACGGCCCCGAGCCCGUGCAGCCGUGCACGAGGAUCAACCUCGCGCAUCACGUCGUCGUCUUCGCCGCGAUCGCGUACUCGCUCGUAACGCACGGAUGUCCGUCGUUAGGCGUCGUCGCGUUCAUGCUGUGGUACGCGGACGCGUACACCGCGGUCCUUCACGCGGCGCUGGACCGCCCGGGGUGUCUGGACGUGAAGAUCCUGCACGGCGCCGCGAGAGGAUUUCAAGCGCAUCACGACUACCCGCUCGCGUCCACGCACGGGCGCGGGUGCUACCGCAUGAUCUGCGACACGCAGCGGAUACAGACGAUCACGAUCGUGAGCGCUCUGGUGUUCGGAAGAUGGAACGUCGCGACGUUUCAGAUCUGUUUGAUGAAGCUCUUAUUCAGCGCCUACGGCGGCGCGACGGGCCACUUUUACGCGCACGGAGGCGCCAAACCGCGCGGUCCCGCGAUUAAACUCGCGCAAAAGUGCCACAUGCUCCUCCCGCCGAAGCACCACGUCGGCGGCCACCACGCGCCGCCGCACGACAAAAACUUUGGGAUAUUCAACGGACUCAGUAACUACGCCCUGAACCCGUUCCUGGGGGCGCCGAUGAACCCGCCGCUGGGCGUCUUGUUAGCCGCGUGGGCGGCGCUGUCGCUGUUCGACGUCGCCGUCGUGGAGCGGUGCGUCGGGCCGGUGGGCGAGGUGGUCGGUCGUGGGGUCGCCACGGCGUUGGAGCUCGCGAGGAGUAGCGUCUCGAUGUGA